CGCCGACUCAAGCGCAAGCGACACAAGAUCCCUAUCUCAGGACAAUGCUCCAUCGUGCCUUGAAAAGCUCCUCUUUGCUUAUGCCCCGUGUGGCGGCGGCCAUGCCUGCUCAGUUAGCGCGUGCAUCCUCCACGAUGGCGUUGCCCACGUCGCUUGAGCGUCUGUUCGAGAACAACAAGAAGUGGCGUGAAGGCAAGAAGCUCCUGGAUCCGGACUACUUCGACAAGACGUCGCAGGGCCAGCACCCGCAGUAUCUGUGGAUCGGAUGCUCUGACUCGCGUGUUCCCGCUGAGGAGAUCACGGGUCUGGCGCCUGGUGAGAUGUUUGUGCACCGUAACGUGGCCAACCUCGUGGUCAGCAACGACAUCAGCUCGCUCUCAGUUGUCCAGUACGCCGUGGAGCACCUCAAGGUUAAGGACAUCAUCGUGUGCGGACAUUACGGCUGCGGUGGCGUCCACGCUGCUGUGGAGAACAAGCACCUUGGUCUGCUAGACAACUGGCUACGCAACAUUCGAGACGUUGUCCGAAUUCACAACGAUGAACUGCAGGAGAUUGAUGACCACGAGCAGCGAAUGCGUCGCACAGUGGAGCUCAACACCAUUGAGCAGUGUAUCAACGUGUUCAAGAUUGGACUGGUGCAGCGUCACCAGGUCAAAUACGGCUUCCCGCGUAUCCACGGUCUCGUGUACGAUCUGAAGAAUGGCCAGCUGAACGAAAUGGACAUCGACUUCCAGUCGUACGUCCGUAAGUACCAAUCCAUCUACAAGCUGCACUCCUUCCCGCAAGGAGAGGUUCCUCUACGCCGAUCGCAACUACAGGGCAACAUGAUUAGAGCUUUGGUCGAGGGCCACGAGGAGGAGCCAGGCCACGUGAGCGCCAAAUUUGUCAAGCGUGCCAUGUCCAAGGAGCCGAUUCUCUUCAGCGACUCGGAGAUCAACAGCGCCAUCGCCCGAGCACAGGAAGGCGAGGCCAACAACAACACAGUUGACAUUGAGAAGCUCGCUCGAUACUUCGACCACUAAGUGGCUCGACUCCUAUACUUUGGAGG